AUGGCAUUAUAUGGUCGUUUGCUUUAUGCAUGGUUACCAUUGCUGGUAUUCUUGUUACAAGCAUUUCACGGUGGAUUUGCACAAAGCUACUACGAUGACGACAACAAUGGCGGAUAUGAUCCAAAUGCUCUUUGUUCAGAAGACCCAACUACAUCUGCAAUGGUAUGCACCUGUAAUGCUGGUUAUACUAACACUGGUAGCGCCGACAACGUUGUCUGCACAGAUAUGCGAUCGGCAUCGGAAGAUAUACCCACAGAUACGGUAUCGGCAUCGGAAGAGAUACGCACAGAUACAGGAUCGGCAUCGGGAGAUAUACGCACAGUUAAUAUUCCUGCUAAUGCUAAAUGGGCACAGAACGGAGUGACUAUUGCUGGAGGUAAUGGGGUUGGGGGUGCCACUAAUCAACUCAACUACCCUUUUGGCCUCUUCGUUGAUGAUGAUCAAACAGUAGUUAUUGCUGACUUCUGGAAUCAUCGUAUCAUGCAAUGGAAGAACGGUGAUACAACGAAUGGACAAGUUGUUGCUGGUGGCAAUGGGCAAGGAAGUGGAUUACAUCAAUUGAAUAGCCCAACUGAUGUAUUAAUUGACAAAGAGACGGAUAGUCUCAUUAUUUGUGAUUGGGGGAAUAAACGAGUUGUACGAUGGUCUCGUCGUAGUGGUACAGGACAAGGUGAAAUGCUCAUCGACAACAUCGUUUGUUAUGGAUUAGCAAUGGAUGAGCAGAGAUAUCUCUACGUUUCUGACUACGCAAAGAAUGAAGUAAGACGAUAUGAAUUGGGUGACAACGUUGGCACUCUCGUGGCUGGUGGUAAUGGCGUUGGUGCUGGACUCAAUCAACUCAACGGACCCACAUAUCUCUUUGUCGAUCGAGAUCAUUCAGUGUACGUAUCAGAAUACUCGAAUAAUCGUGUAAUGAAAUGGGCGGAAGGUGCACAAGAAGGUAUUGUGGUCGCUGGAGGACAAGGCCAAGGGAGUGCUCUGACACAAUUUAAUAUUCCACUUGGAAUCGUCGUUGAUACGUUGGGUACAGUCUAUGUAGCAGACUGCUACAAUGAUCGUGUAAUGCGUUGGACUCCAGGAGACAACACACAAGGCACUGUAAUUGUGGGUGGAAAUGGCAAAGGAGCAGGAGCAAAUCAGUUCAACUACCCCAUUGGCUUGUCUUUCGAUCGACAUGGUAAUCUCUAUGUCGCCGAUCAAAGUAGUUUGCGUGUUCAACGAUUUUCUAUCGAAAAAGACUGCUAA